UAAAUGCUGAACAUUUUUUUCUCGUCGUUGAAAAUAAUUUGCGUUAUGUUUGUCUGCCCAGUUGUUACGUGAAGCUGGACAUUCUUCGUCGAGUGCUGACGGAUUUCUUCGACCUGAACUGCGUCUAUCUUCUGGGGAUGACUGACAUCGAUGAUAAAAUCAUCAAAAGAAGUCGAGAGAGGAAUGUUUCCCCUUCCGAAUUGGCCAAAAAGUAUGAAGACAGUUUCAUGGAUGACAUGGCUGCUCUGUUUGUUCGACGUCCUUCCGGCAUUGUGAGAGUUUCGGAGCAUGUAGAAAAUAUUCAGCGUUUUGUGCAGACAUUGAUGGAUAAGAAGCUGGCGUAUCGCAGUUCAUCUGGAUCCGUUUAUUUUGACACAAGAGCCUUCGAGUCAAGUGGAUUCACUUAUGGCAAAUUCGUUCCGCUGAAUACCGAGGAAUGCGCAGAGUUGGAAGAUGAUGUGGGUUCUGCCGAUAAUAAGAAGAACAGGAAAGAUUUUGCUCUGUGGAAAGCUGUGAAACCUUUAGAACCCAGUUGGGACUCCCGCUUUGGUCCUGGACGCCCUGGUUGGCACAUAGAAUGCUCUGCAAUGGCAAGUCAAGUUUUUGGAGACUGGGUGGACAUACACAGCGGAGGGACGGAUCUCAUUUUUCCUCACCACGAGAAUGAAGAAGCUCAGUCUUGUGCUUUUCACGGUAACCACCAAUGGGUCGGACAUUGGAUUCAUACAGAAAUCGAUUACUCGGAAGAAACGUUGGCCUUGGCUGGAACAGUUUUAGCCAAAUUCAACCGCUUUAUGAAGGAAUGCGACGAGUUCGUGUCGGAUUGUGGUCCACUGAGGUUGACUCCCAAACCAGUCGUUGAUAAUAUUUUCAGUGAAUUGACUGUGGUGAAAGAGAAGAUUGUUGGUCACCUGAAAAAUGAUUUCAAAACUGCGGGAGUGAUUCGUUGUUUGGAGGAUUUGAUGAAGCAGACUCAGGCCCCAUCUUCUAACCCUGUGGUCGUAGUCGGAGCAGUCGCUGAUUUAUUUAAGAAAACGUUGAAUGGCUUUGGUUUUCAGAUUUCAAACCAGAUCUCCUCAGUAUCUUCGACAAAUGAGGCUGUGACUGUGGAAUCUCUGCUGAAUUCUUUGCUGAAAUUCAGAAUGCAAGAUUCUUCGAACGGAACUAAAUAUGAGAUCGGUAAAGACGAGAAACCCGAAAUUCAGACGAAUAAGCUCAGGAAAUGUACCGUGAUCGCAGGGGAUGGCAUUGGGCCGGAAAUGAUGGAUGCUGUUUACCGUGUGUUCGAGGCAUUAGCAGUUCCGAUAGAAUUCGAAGAAUUUAUUUUCUCGGAACUGCAUCACACGAUGAGCGCGAAGGCGGAAAACGUGAUGACUUCCAUUGCUCGGAACGGAGUUUGCAUUAUGGGGAAGCUGAUGAUACCCGACCAAAAAUACUUCAGCGAACUCGGAUCGCUUAGUAUUCGUCUCCGGAAAGACUUGGACUUGUACGCAAACGUUGUGACGAUAGAAACGCUCCCUGGACUGGAUUUCCUGCGCCACAAAAAUCUGGACUUCUUCAUCAUUCGAGAGAACACCGAGGGAGAAAUGAGCAACAUGGAACACGUUUGCGUACCAGUG